AAGAAAAAAAUGAUCAAUCCUACAUUCCCACACAUUUAUCAACAUUGAAAUCUAUACGUGCUGAUUUAAUACGACGUUGUGAUCAAUUAGUUGCACGUUUAGAACAACAAACAAUGCCACAUUCUACAUUGAAUAUAAACGAAGAAUUGAAUUACAUUAGUGAGAGUUUAGUUUCACUUGCGCAUAAACUUGAUGAUCCUGACUACAACUACGCGACGACGACAAAUGACAAUCCGUCAUUAAUGAUGAUGAUGAUGAUGAUGGGGAUGGAUAAAUUCGACAAACGAAUGCAUGAUUUACAAGAAAUUCAAAAUGAAUUCAUUUAUAUUGAAGGAAAUUUACAACGAUUAAAAUGUACCAUGACUACUGCGACUACAACUACUACAUCUAUGCCUUGUUGUUCUAAUGAGUUCAUCAAUAAAUUGAAUUGUAUUGAAGAAGAAUUAUAUGAUAUGCAAAUGAAUUUACAAAAUAAAAUUACAUAUUUAAAUAAUUUUCAUGUAAAAUACACUCAUUUAAUGAAUGCUUUUCAAAUAGAAUAUCAUUGGAUCAUGGAAAUAAUGAGACAAUUGGAAAUUGGCUUUGAUCAAGUUCACAAUGUAAUCACAAUACAAUCAGAAUUAAGCGAUUCACCGAUGAUGAAUAUUGAUUAUACGGAUACUAAUACUACUACUAAUAAUACUACUAAUACUAAUAAUCAUGGUCACCUACAACAAGAUCUUAUUGUAUUCUACAAUCUUAUUCACAUAUUAUCACAAUAUCAUUGUCAUAAACUUUUACCAUUAUUACAAGACUAUGAUCAAUUCAUUAAUGAUCAUCAUAUUAGACUAGAAGAAUUCGUUGCAUUUCUGUAUCACAACAGUAAUAAUAAUGAUAAUAAUAAUCUACACUUACCUUUGAUGGUGUAUAAUUUAUGGAAUAAAUUAAUUCUAGAAUUAAUACCAAAGAAAUUGAAUGAAUUGGUGAGUAGUAGUAGUAGUAGUAGUUUUAUUCAUUUAUUAUUGAUCAGUAGAUGA